AUGUCCAUCGACCACGUCGGCCUCUUUGUCCCCGCCUCCAUCUACAAGGAGACGGUCGACUGGUACCUCACCGUCCUGGCCCCAGUCGGCUUCCAAAAGUUCGUCGAGCCCAACGAGUACGCAUGCGGCCUCGGUGUCCACCGCCCCGACUUCUGGAUCGCUUCCCACAACGCUGACAAGGCCAACAUUCCGCUUCACUUGGGCUUCAAGGCCGAGAACCGCAAAGCUGUCGACGAGUUCCACAAGGCCGCCAUGGCCGCCGGAGCCAAGGACAACGGGGCGCCGGGGCUGCGGCCACAGUACCACCCCAACUACUACGGGGCCUUUGUCAUCGACCCCUCGGGAAACAACAUCGAGGUGGUCUGCCACAUGCCCGAGGUUACGGAGUAA